CCGCCUCCGCCUUGGGCGUCCCCUUCGGCCGGGGGAGGCAGGCGCACCGCCUGACGAGGAAGGAGAACGGGAGGAAGGGCGGGGCCCGUCGUCAGCCGGCUCGGCCUUUCCGCGCUGCCCGGGGAGCGAGUAGGGUUGUGGCCGCCGCACGGGCAGAAGGGACGGUCGGGAUGUUCAGCUGGCUGAGCAAGCAGGCCGGGCGCCAGCGGCCCGGGGAGGGCGAGGACGUGGUGGAGACGGUGACGGGCGGCCUGAAGGAACUGUACACCAAGAAGCUGCUCCCGCUGGAGGAGCACUACCGCUUCCAUGAAUUCCACUCGCCCGCGCUGGAGGACGCGGACUUCGAGAACAAGCCCAUGGUGCUGCUCGUGGGCCAGUACAGCACGGGCAAGACCACCUUCAUCAGGUACCUUUUAGAGCAAGAUUUUCCAGGAAUGCGGAUUGGUCCAGAGCCAACUACAGAUUCUUUCAUUGCUGUCAUGUAUGGAGAAACUGAAGGGAGCACUCCUGGGAAUGCUCUUGUAGUGGACCCCAAGAAGCCAUUCCGCAAACUCAGCCGUUUUGGAAAUGCAUUCUUGAAUAGAUUCAUGUGUGCUCAGUUACCUAACCAAGUCCUGAAGAGCAUCAGCAUCAUAGAUAGCCCUGGCAUUCUUUCAGGAGAGAAGCAGAGGAUUAGAAGAGGCUAUGAUUUUUGUCAGGUCCUGCAGUGGUUUGCUGAACGAGUUGAUCGCAUCAUCCUCUUAUUUGAUGCCCAUAAACUUGAUAUUUCUGAUGAGUUCUCAGAAGCAAUAAAAGCAUUCCGGGGUCAGGAUGACAAGAUCCGGGUGGUACUGAAUAAAGCUGAUCAAGUGGACACGCAGCAGCUGAUGAGAGUCUAUGGUGCACUCAUGUGGUCCUUGGGAAAAGUGAUUAAUACACCAGAGGUGUUACGGGUCUACAUUGGUUCCUUUUGGGCCCAACCCCUGCAAAACUCAGAAAACCGAAAACUGUUUGAGGCAGAGGCACAAGAUCUGUUCCAGGACAUCCAGAACCUACCACAAAAGGCAACAGUGAGAAAACUGAAUGACCUUAUCAAGAGAUCACGGCUAGCAAAGGUACAUGCUUAUAUCAUUAGCUAUCUGAAGAAGGAAAUGCCUUCUGUAUUUGGAAAAGAAAAUAAGAAGAAGGAACUGAUAAACAAACUACCAGAAAUCUAUCGCCAGUUGCAACAAGAACACCAGAUCUCACCUGGGGACUUCCCAGAAGUCAAGAGAAUGCAGGAACAGUUGGAGAACUAUGACUUCACCAAGUUCCAUUCUCUGAAACCAAAGAUGAUUGAAGCUGUAGAUAACAUGCUGGCCCAUAAAGUUGCCUUCCUGAUGACACUUGUUACCCAGGAGGAACGCAGCAUGCCUCCACAGAAGGUUCAGGGUGGGGCGUUUGAAGGCACCACAGCCGGACCUUUCGACCAUGGCUAUGGAGAAGGUGUCAAGGAAGGAGCUGAUGAAGAGGAAUGGGUCGUUUCCAAAGACAAACCUGUAUAUGAUGAAAUCUUUUACACACUCUCGCCUGUCAAUGGUAGAAUCUCUGGGGCCAAUGCUAAGAAGGAAAUGUUGAACUCCAAACUGCCAAACAGUGUCCUGGGCAAAAUCUGGAAGCUUGCUGACUGUGAUCAUGAUGGCAUGUUGGAUGAAGAAGAAUUUGCAUUAGCAAAACAUCUCAUCAAAAUAAAAUUGGAGGGAUACGAACUCCCCAGUAGUUUGCCCAUCCAUCUGGUACCUCCUUCACACCGAAAAUCUUUCCGUGGAACAGAAUGAUGAAUGCAAUAAAAAUUGUUCCGGGUAGGAUCUUGUUACGUAUUCUGUUCUAAGGUUGUUUUUUAUAGACACUGUGGUUAAUGCCAAGCAUUUUCAGGGCCAAUUUGAACAUCAAACUGUUCCUAUUAAAAUAUGUUUGGAUAGGAAAAAAGUGAAAAAUAUGAUAGCAGCCAGAAUCCAUUUCAAUGGAUGUGCAUCCCCUGGGGAGUGGUGAUUAGCCACAGCUUCCCAGUGAGUGCUUAUCUAUUCAUGGGUAAGCCCACAACAUGUAUACACAGUAAAAUUGCUACUUGUAUAAGCUGUGGCAUGUAUUAUAUCAGUUGUUAGGAUCUCCUACUGGAAACCCUUUUUGAUGUUCACAGAGGCCCUGAACGGCCCAUGCAAGUUACAUAAACCAACCAUGUAGUGUGGGGAUGGACUUUUCUGAAUAGAUCUGCCAGACCCUGACAAAAAGAGUAUUUGUUACAAGUGCCUUUUCAGUAACUUUUCCUACCACUGUGUUUACAAUCAAAAGGGUCAAAAGACAUAAAAUAAGUUCAACUGCCCCAAAAAUGAAAACUUGGAUAAUACAGUGCAAAAGUCUCUUAGUUCUUCAAAUAGAAGUCUCACAUUUUAAAAAUACCUUCUAAAAGAAGGCACUGAUUUUUUUCACUAAUGAUACUUGAAAUACCUUCGUGAUUUACCAGAAUCUAUCUGUACACUUGAAAUUCUGUUUAAGACUUGUAAGGAUAGAUUUUAAAGCAGCUUCGUUUAAUCAAAAAUGUAAAGUGUGCCUUGGACUAAAAUAACUUUAGUUUUAAAGAAACUAACUUGAUAUUCAUUCAGAAAAGGAAAAAAGGAGCUUUCACAUGCACAGGAAAUUCAAUAUAAAAGUCAGUGAAUUAUUAUUGUAAUAAAAUUAUAUGUUUGACAUUUUUAAAUCUUACUGGUUUUCCAUGCUUCCUUUAGAGGCCUUCAUUGGUGCCUUUCUAUAGCUUGGAUCUAUACAAAAGGACCCGGACAUCUUCUUGAUAGUACCAUCUAUUGAUACCAUCCAUGGUCAAGAAGGUUCUGCGUGGCAUUGAGUAGCUCAUGACAGAGUUACCUAUAUUUGUCUGUUUCCUUUGUAAAGCUGUCUAAGAUGGUGGCCAUCACUAGAUCUUGUGGGAGUGAAUUCCUUUGGCUAGUCAUAUGUUACAGUGCUGUGAAGCCCUUAACAUUUGAUUUUUUAAAAAUGUGUUUUACAUGUGUGGCAAACAAGGUUUCUCUUGUUUGCAAAAAUAAUUGUUUUCAGACUUAAACUGAAAAUGCUACUUUGAUUAAAAACUGUUUCUAGGCCUUCACACUCAGCUAAUACCACAUAGCCUUCACUUCAUAGUUGUAUAGUUCUUUGUUUAUGGGUUGACUAUUGCACCUUCACACUGGGAAUGUUUGCUCCAUGUGUCCAGUACUGUGAAUUUGUAACCCAGCUGAAAGUCUGUGAGAGCUUCACUGAGUCAGUUACACUUGCUCCAUUGUCAGGGUGCUGUUCUUUUGGCUGCUUGCUUCUUUCUUCACUUGUAGGUUCAGAUCUUUUCACCAACCAGUUUUUCCCAGGAACCUCUCUCCUCAUAUGAAGCUGCCUUAAACAGAGUCAGAGUAUUCCUCUAUCUCAGUAGCUUCUACUCUGGCUAGCAGAGGCACUCCUGGGUCUGAUGCAGCCUUUCCCAAUGCGGCGCCUUUCAAAUAUUUUGGUGCUCCGUUUCCAUCCACUCCAGCCAGCAUGGCCGUUAUUCAGGAACACUGAGAAUUGCAGACAAAAACAUCUAGGCAACACCAAAUUAGAGAAGGUACAUCUUUCCAAUCCCAGUAAAUUCACACCUUUUAUGUGGAGGUGCUUGGGUUGUGCUGUACCCAAAUUGUGCCACAUUUCCAGUUUGUGCUCCACUCUCAGGUCUUUAUUUUAGCAGUUUAACCAGCCCAUGUGUGUAGCUGAGAAAUCGGGACAUAUGUGAUCAUCUUAAUGCAUCUCUUCUUGAACUAAUUCACUGAAAAAUCAGUCUGAUGAAUUUACAGUCUUAACCUGACUUCUGUUAACUAAAUUUGUUCAUGUUCUUUACCCCACAGAUCACUCUGGAUAAAUAGUAUAGGGUAACUUAAUUUAUAUGAUUUUUUCUUUCCAAGGUUCAAUAUUUUCAAAGAAAUUGACAUUUUUUUGUUUAGGAUUGUAACUUUGGGGAGUCUCUGAGCCAUUCCUUCUCUCCCUCACCAAGAUCACUCUCUGUGGGUCAGACAAAAAAAGCAGUGGACCCACUGUGAACCCAGUGAGAGCCAGUGUGGUGAAGUGGUUAAUAGUGUUGUUUCCAAAAUAAAAUAAAUUUCCUGUCAUUUCUUAUUGUUCAGCGAUUUCUGAAGUUUCAUUUGCUUUGGCUUCUUUCUCCACUUAUUAGAAACAUCAUAAUGUGCCACGUAUACCAUGUUUAAAUUUGUUAGGGUGUAAUCCUGCACAUGUUUAGAUACACCAAGGAGGAAAUCAGUUUUAUUUUCUUCAGUGGACUCCAGUAUUGCAGCAGCUGAGGGCUGAAAGUAGUGGACAACUUCCACCACCAAAAUUCAGUGGUGUAGGAAUGACAGCACACUUUAUCUUUAAAGCAAAAGGUAUCCAAGGGAAAAUCACAUUUCAACUGCUGGCUGAAUUUCAGUGGCCAUGUUUGGUUUAAAAUAAAAAAGAUUCUUAGGGAGGUUUGAGCAAGCAUAUGGUGGAUAAGAUGCGCAGGAGAUUUGUUUCCUCUUUCCCCCAUGCUUCUGGCAUUUUGUGUGAAUUACCAUGUCACACAUCACUCAGUAUUUAUAUCAGGCGUGCACCUUUACUGAGGGAAACACAGCAAUUCCUGUACAGCAAUGUAAAGCAGUCCAAACUUGGUUUUCAGGACUUGGUAAAUAGGGUUGCACAUCAUGGUCAUUAUGGAGCCCUUCAACAGUGUUCUGAAUUUUGCUGUGACACUCUUAAAGAUGCCAUAGUACAGUAGAAAAUGCUGUUGUUUUCACAAAAGGUAUUUGUGUCCAAAUGUCAUGAAAUCCUAGGCAGGUGUGGCCUCCAGAACCACAGUGAGGGUUUCCCAACCCUCAGAAAUGUGUGGGGGCACAGUGCAGCCUUUGUGUACAAGCAGAGCCUGCAUCUUUCUGAGGGCGUCUCCAAAAUGCUGAAGUUAAAGAUUCAGUCUUAGGAACGUUAAGUCAGAAAAGUGGCCUACCAACUUCCUGUAUGUCCCAGUCAGCGAUGAGGUUGUAUGCCUAUCUAAACAUGCAUAGAAUUGUGCCCUAAAUCUAUUCUGCAAAUCUGGCUUUGCGGAAGGCAUGUGUCAUGGUAGUUCUACAACAUCAGUCUCAGUGCUGAAUUAGAAAUGUCCAGCUUCCAGCCUAGCACCAUGUAGGAAGUAUGUGGCAAAGCUGCUAAAUCUAGUUCGUGAAAAAGGAAUUCUCUUUCCCUCUUCUUAUGCCCAAACUUUCUCACUUUAUCUCACUGAAGAUAAAUUGUCAUUUUCUAUACCAUCCAACGUUUGUAAGUGUGUUUUUUUAGUGUGUUCUUUUUGUUGUCUAAUAUAGUUCAAAAUGUCUUCAGGAAUGCGAUAUUCCCUAUUUAUUCAUAAUGUUUUAGGCUUGGAUUCAAUUCCAUUACUGUUACUUCUUUAGGGCAUUUAAAAAAAAACCUUACACCAUGAGUGAGCGUAACUUGCAUCACUGUUACAUAUUUCAGAUGUGAUUGUGAGAUAAUAUUUCAUAUAUUUGUUAAAGCCUGAAUAACUAUUGGGUUAUAUAUAAGUUCCCCUAUCUACCCCAGGGUUUAAAUUCGUUAAUGUUGCACUUUGAUUAUCUGCACAAAACAUUACAGAUUCUGUAAUAUAUUUUUGUAUUUGCUUUUUAAUCAUGUAUGUAAUGGUGUUAGGAAAAGAAUGCUGUUCAAUAAAGUUAGAAUGCAUAUUCAUA